AUGGGGGACUCGAAACGUUGGACGGUGACCUAUACAAAACACAUCAAGCAGAAACGCAAGGUGUAUCAAGAUGGAUACCUAGCGCUCCACGUUUCCUCCAGCAAGGUUGCGCUGUACGAUGAGUUCGAGAAACUGUUGGAAUGUCGGCUCUUGAAAAACGACGAAACUGUAACCUCUGGUGAAUCAUUGGUUUUUAAUGGUUACCUUGUUGACAUCGGCGAGCUGGAGGGAGAUAAGCAACCUGUAUCUGAGUUGAAUGUUGAUAGGAAAAAUAGGAGUUUUUCAAGAUUCAGGACUCCUUCUGAUUCAAAAACAAACGAGAAGGAGAAUGCCGGACGUUUGCGGAGCCCUCUCAGUCCGUCGCAAAAAAUGAUCAAAGAAUUUAAGAAGAGAGAACUGCUGAAGUAUGGAUCACCAAAGAUCAGUCAGCAAGCACAAAAAUCUAGUGUUGAAGAGUGGCAUGUUCUAUACACCACACAAGUCACUCAAAAGGCAAAGAAGUACCAUGAUGGUUUUUUAAGACUUGUUCCUCGUGGAUCCUGUGGGGCACAGAUUAUUCUGUUUGACACAAGCAAGAAACUCUUAGAUAGCAGAUUUCGUAAGAAAGAUGAUGUAAUAAAACCUGGUGAAUCAAUUGCAUUUGAUUCAUAUUUGAUUGACAUUUGUGAGCAUCAAGGUAGUUCACCAGAUUCCAAAGUUCCAGGAUACAGGUUGACCAAUGUUGAGGAAAUGAGGAUGGACACACAGAAAAAUUGUCUCCAAUCUGAUACCCAUGUAAAUGCUGGAAAAAAUGAAUGGCAGGUCCUAUACACUACAGAAUUAACUAAAAAAGCUAAGAAGUAUCAUGAUGGCUUUUUACGCAUUGAACUUUGUGGAUCUUUUGGGAAGCAGGUUGUUCUGUAUGAUUUGAGCAAAAGACCUUUAGAACGCAGGUUCCUACAGAAAGAUGAAAUUAUAACGGCAGGUGAGUCAGUAUAUUUUGAUGGACAUUUUGUUGAAGUAGGAGAACCUGAAGGAAGUCAUCAGUCUCCUGCAAACUUAAAUGGAAGUGGGAAUGGUAAUAAAGUUGAGAGGAGAGGAUAUGGACAAGAUGGCUGCCACAAGGUCAGUCCAUCUUUUGCUAAAGGAAAACCUCUGUGUGAACUUUGUCCGGGGAAAGGUUCUGGAUUGGAGUGUCUGAUUACCGAACGAGAAGAGAUAAAAUCAAACAAGAUAACCCCAUCAGUCAAGCCUUUACGUGAUGUCAAUCAAAUACUGUCCGUUUUACAGAAUCCUAACCUGAAGCCUCAAGAGAGUUAUGUAACAGGAGGCCAAUCGCCCAAUGGGUCUCGUCAAAAUAUUGGGGACAGGAAAUCAGCUGAGGUUGAUAAUUCCUGUCAAAAUAUUGGGGAUAAGGAAUCAACUGUGACUGCGAAAUCCCUUGAUAUUACAUUGUCUGGAGGUAGAGAGAUUCGUAACUCUAGUUUGACUCUGCUUGAAAUGGGUUUUGCAGCAGCAUGUAGUGGUGAUAGUUUCCAAUCUACUGAUCAUGUCAACAUGUCCCACCAGAAGGAAGCCCAGACAAAUACGAAUGACAAAGAUUUUGGUUGCCAAUCUUACCUCAUUACCAAUGAAGGGAAGAGUGGUGAGGAGUUCUCGUGUGAAAGAGAAACAAUCCCGAGUUUUGACCUAGGAUUUUAA